AUGCUUCCCCGUUUUCGGUACGCCGACCAUGGACAUUAAUUUGUUCCAUGCCUCCGCCGGCCAUGUAAACGAAUUUUCGAUGCGUGAAACGGCCAAGCAGCAGGGCGUACGACUGGUGGGGGAUGCAGCCAUGUGUGGGCUGCGUGGAGGCGAAGGGCAGGCAGGCCCCGGUGCCGCGGCGUGGCACCCGCGCGGCGGUACCCGCAUCGCGGUGGCAAGGGGGUACGGGAUGCGGGCCAAGAGCGACACCCUGAAGUUCGUGCAGCGGUUCCUCGCCGACAUGAACGGCAUGGGCACUCCGGGGUGUUUCCGCAUGGACAACGGCGGCGAGUUCAACGGCUCCGCGUUCAUCUCGUUCUGCGACGCUGCUAGCAUUCGGCGCGAGUACACGGCCCCCGACACCCCCAAGCAAAACGCGGUGGUCGAGAGCGCCAUAUGGCGCGCCAUGAAGGGGGCCCACGCCGCGUGCCGCCACAUCCUCGCCAUGGGCCACGUCGACCUCUCCUCCAUCCGGAACGUCGGCGUAAACGGACAUCGCCUGUGGCUCGCGUCGGCGCUGUCGGCAUCCGCCUGCUUCAACCGCUCCGCGACGAAGGCCAACCUGGGCUUGAUGUCGCCGUUUGAGGCGUUCUUCGGCCGGAAGCCGUCCCUCACCGUCGUCCCUUUUUCCAGGAGGGGAUGAUGCGCGUGAAGCGGGCCACGAAGGCGGACGUCCAAUCCGCGCGGCGCUUCUACCUGCACGGCGCCAACAACCACUCGACGGCUACCGCCGUCGCUCUUCGCGCUGACACCGGUCGCCUCGCCCUCACCAACAACGUCGUGUUGGUCAACAGCCGGGCAGGGGCGCCGGCGCCGGUGCCGGGCAUUGGGGGGGGGUUCUUGGGUCACCG